AUGUGUGUAGGUGAAGGUAUUUUACCCCCGGGACCCUUGAGUGGAGCUGUAGCAGGUGCAGUGAAGUUCACCACCACCCUUAGACCUCCCAAUAAUCCAUUCCUGUCUGUAAGCUGGAGCUUUAAAGGGGUCAACAUAAUCACCUCCACCAGCGUCAACAUCACUGAACCUGGACACGUCAACAGGAUCUCAUUAGACCGAGCCACAGGGACCCUGGAGCUCAGGAACCUGGUGCUGGAGGACAGCGGGGAGUACACCGUCACCAUCAUUCCAGAUGCAGGGCUGCAGAAACAAGGGAGGAUCACUCUGAAUGUGUAUGCACUGAUAUCCAAAGCCACCAUCCGCAGCCCUGCAGCCAUCCUGAUAGAAGACAGAAGCUCCACUAACCUCACCUGUGAGGCGUCUGGCUCCAUUACCACCAGAGUGUGGAUAAAAGAUGGCCGCCCUCUUCUUCCCAGUGACAGAGUCAGCUUCUCCAUGGACAACAGGACAGUGUUCAUACAACCUGUUCACAGCUCCAACCAUGGCACCUACCAGUGUCGAGUUAGCAACCCAGUCAGCACCAUGACUGCAGCCCAGAAUCUCACUGUCAACUGUGACCAUUUAAGCACAGAUCUCAACUUUGUAACCCUAACACAGUCUGUAUCUUUUGUCCGUACAGUUGGACCACAUAACAUAUCAAUUAUUGGACCAUCAGCAGCUCCACCUGGUUACAGAGUGGCACUGCUGUGCACCGCAGCUUCUGUCCCACCAGCAAACUUCAGCUGGAUGUUUAACGGCAAUGAGACACAUGUUAACAGCUCCUUGUACAUAAUAGAAAGGUUAGAGGCAGAGGACACAGGGAAUUACACCUGCACGGCAAGAAAUAUGGUGACAAUGAUGGAAAACUCCACGGUUCUGAGCCUGAAAGGUAAAAAAAAAAAGGAUGCAUGA